AUGACUAAUAAUACACCUGAUAAAGUAGAAAUUGAUCCUUCUACAUUAAAUGCUCUUUCCCCUGAGGUGAUUUCAAGGCAGGCUACAAUUAACAUUGGAACCAUUGGGCACGUAGCACAUGGAAAAUCUACAGUAGUAAAAGCAAUAUCUGGAGUUCAAACUGUUCGUUUCAAAAAUGAACUCGAACGUAACAUUACGAUAAAGUUAGGAUAUGCAAAUGCAAAGAUUUAUAAAUGUGAAGACGAAAAUUGUCCUCGUCCUGGGUGUUAUAAAUCAUAUCGCAGCGACAAAGAAGAAACUCCAUCUUGUGAAAGACCAGGUUGUGUGGGAAAAAUGAGAUUGCAAAGGCAUGUUUCGUUUGUAGAUUGUCCUGGGCAUGACAUUCUUAUGGCUACUAUGUUAAAUGGUGCCGCAGUGAUGGACGCUGCGUUAUUACUUAUUGCUGGCAAUGAACCAUGCCCGCAACCUCAAACUAGCGAGCAUUUAGCUGCUAUCGAAAUUAUGAAAUUGAAACAUAUUAUCAUUUUGCAGAAUAAGGUUGAUUUGUGUAAAGAAAAUGCAUGUGAAGAACAUUAUCAAAGCACGGUUGCAGAUGGAGCACCAAUUGUUCCUAUUUCAGCUCAAUUGAAAUAUAAUAUUGAUGCAAUUAAUGAAUACAUUGUGAAAAAAAUUCCUAUCCCGGUUCGUGAUUUUACAUCGGAUCCACGAUUAAUUGUUAUCCGUUCAUUUGACGUCAACAAGCCGGGAGCAGAAGUUGAUGAACUUAAAGGAGGUGUUGCUGGAGGAUCAAUUUUACGAGGUGUGCUAAAGGUAGGGGAUGAAAUAGAAGUGAGACCAGGAAUACUUACUAAAGAUAAUGAAGGUCAAAUACAUUGUCGACCUAUUUUUUCUCGAAUUGUUUCAUUAUUUGCUGAACAUAAUGAUUUAAAAUUUGCGGUUCCUGGUGGAUUAAUUGGAGUUGGUACGAGGAUUGACCCAACUCUAUGUCGCGCAGAUCGAUUAGUUGGCCAAGUACUCGGUGCGGUUGGUAAAUUACCAAAAAUUUAUACUGAACUUGAAAUCAACUAUUUCUUACUUAGAAGAUUAUUGGGUGUUAAAACGGAUGAUAAGAAACAGACAAAGGUAUCAAAAUUAGCUAAGAACGAAGUUUUGAUGGUAAACAUUGGAUCCACUUCAACAGGUGGUCGUGUAAUGUCUGUCAAAGCUGAUUUGGCUAAAAUCAUGUUAACAAGUCCUGCUUGUACUGAAAUUGAUGAGAAAAUUGCUUUAUCUCGUCGAAUUGAUAAACAUUGGAGAUUAAUCGGAUGGGGAAAAAUUAAACGUGGUGCAACUAUCGAACCUGAUGCGAUCUAA